AUGCUACGCGACCUGAACAUGCAGUACCUCAAGACCAGUCUAAUCACCAAGAAUGACGAGGAGAGCCCUAUCCGAGCGGCAGAAUUUGCACAGUCGAAUUUCAAAACAAGAGCUUUAGGAGCAUGGCGAUUUACAGUUGCAAGCGGUGCAUUUGCCGGAGUGAUAAUCUUGCUAAUCAAUAUAACCACCCUGGCUAUGAUGCACAGCAAGCAUGAAGUUGUCAACCAAAGCAUUACAUUCUUCACCGGAAGCUGCCGAAAAGCAAAAGACAUUAGUAUCGGAUCUCAUGUGGUGAUCAAUGUACUAAGCACAAUCCUCCUGGCCUACAGCAACUUCAGCAUGCAGUGCCUGUCAUCCCCGACCAGACGGGAAGUGGACCGGGCUCAUUCAAAGAAACAUUGGCUGAGUAUCGGAAUACCAAGUGUGCGAAAUCUUUUCUUCAUUUCGAAGACAAAAGUCUUUCUGUGGACUCUACUCGCUCUCAGCUCAUUUCCUCUCCAUCUGAUCUGGAACUCGACAGUGUUCUGGACUACGAGUACGAACGACUAUAUCUCCGUGACCGUCACGGAAUCAUUUCUGCAUGGCGGGGAUUGGACUUUACCUCCAUUCAAUGAACAGUCAAAAGGCGCCCAAGUAUUUGAGGAUGGAGAAUACAAUAGAAUUAUCCGGGGUCUCCAGGAUGACGUGGUGCACAACAGACUUGAGAGAUUGAGUGCGCCGGAUUGCUAUGAAGCGUACCACACCGAGAUGCUAUCUGACCGAUUGCAUGUGCUCGCUGUCGUCGAUAAUAGCUUUGCGUCUCCGACUAAAAAUAAUACCGAGCUAGAACUGUCCUCAGUGCUGGCAGCAUACUACAAUCGAUACGCCAUGAUGCCUCUCUAUCGAUGGGUGUGCGAUUCGUAUGCCGAGAACUGGUGGGACACUUGUCUGACUAGUGGGGAUCCUAAUCAAUGGGUUCCUGGAGGGCGACCAAUGGAUGGAGAAACGCUGGGUUCGCAAAGAGGUGCGCCGGUUAAAUAUUGCUUUUCCCAGCGCAUUCCCGCGCAAUGCAAAACCGACGUCAUUCCGGUCUUCCUGAUUAUUGUCAUCGUUUGCAACGUUGUCAAAGUCGCAUGCUUCUUAUUCACGCUACGGAUCGUGAAGAAAGAUCAUCCUCUAUGCACCACUGGAGACGCGGUUCAAUCCUUCCUGGAAAGGCCAGACGAGUACACAAAUCAUCGGUGCUUGGCCUCAAAACAUGAUUUUGAGAAAUUAUCUACCAAGUCAAAGUGCUGGGAAACCCGAGGCCCCGGGGACGCAGAUAUUUGGACAGACAGGCGUCACAGAUGGGGUAAAGCCGUUAGAACGUGGCAAUGGGUGACGUACACAGUUCUGGUUUCAAUCAUGGUGAUUCUCACUGGGGUCAAGAUAUGCGACAUAAACAGCAGUUGGGCAGCCGCUGUGAGAUAUGGAAUUGGCGAACCACAUCCAGGGUUUGAGAGCCUCGAUUUCUACAUACCUAAUACUCUUCGCGGCUUUUUGACAGCGAAUACCCCGCAACUGAUGCUGUCAUACGUCUACCUCGGUCUCAAUAAUAUUAUGACAACCAUGCUUGCAAUGGAUGAAUGGUGUGGUUACUCCGCUGCAACAUCCAAGCCUCCGAAGGGUCUUCGCGUUUCUAAUCCAGCCGCCAGAACUGCGCAGCGAUCCACUUAUUUCCUCUCCGUCCCGUACAAAUGGAGCGUUCCCAGCAUUGUUACCUUGACAGCGCUACACUGGCUUGUUUCCCAGAUGUUCUUCUAUGCCAGACUAGAUGUACACAGCCUUCAAUCUGGCUGGAACAAGACCAAGGACGAAUCUACGAGCUACAUAUAUGUCUCGCCGCUCGCGGGGCUUCUGGCUGCUUGCUUAGGAGGAUUAAUCGUGAUCAUUGUUGUACUGAUUGGCAUAUUCAAGAGAUACCCGGCAACCCCAUUAGCAGGGUGUUGCAGUGCAAGUAUUGCCGCAGCCUGCAGCCCUUCACGAGCGUUGGACCAUGGAAUUGCAAAAGAAACCUUCCCACCAGGCCUACCAUUCAAAGAACUAAAAUGGGGUGAGGUCGAAAGUCUGGGGAUCGAUGCGAAUGUGGGCCAUGCGACCUUUUCCAAUGCCGAAACAACGCCGCUAGUAAAGGGGAAGCUGUAUGAAUGA